AUGGCUCCAAGAUAUUGUCAUCUAAUACAGACGUUUUCUCUGUUGUUCAACCUGAUUUCGUUCACUCAUUCGGAGGUCUUCUUAGCAUUAGCUCAUAUGAAAUAUUUGGUUCAAAUGGAGAUAAUUUUGGGAGGCCAUUUGCAACAGUAUCUGCACUAUAAUCCCUCCGCGCCGUCUGAUUUAAAGCGGCUGGCAAAAGACGUUCGGACAUACGUGAAAGAUGUACAAGAUGCCGACAUGGAAGUUUUUAUUGGCCAUCCAGUGAACUCGUAUUUACUUAUAUGGCGGUUUUUAAGGGAGUGGAGUAAUGUUGGCAACAAAUUAGAUGUGACUAAUCCCACUGGAAAAGGUAACUUCUUCAAAUUUCUUAAAACUUUGAAUUGAGGAACGCCCUAACUUACUUGCAUACAACUAUUUGGAUUAAAUUGGCUUAUCAGUCAAAAAUUAGUCCCUGACGUUCUCGUUCUUUUUUCACGCAAUGACGUUAUUUAAAAUCUGAUUUAAAUUGAAUUCGUCCAUCGGCGAGAAACCAAUUAACAGCUGAUUACUAUUAAUGCCUAGCUUCAAAAUUUUACUUUUGAUAAAAAUAAUCUUUAAAAAUGCCGAAAUUUAGAAAUUUAAAUUAAUAAGGAAAAAAACUAAAGAUUACCUCUAAAUAUAAAUGCCAAAAUUUUUGCUUGUUUGUAACCAUGUGAGACCAUUCAAGUGAUUGUUUAGGAAAUGAACAUUGUAAUAGACACGUGCAUUGUUGCAAAGCACUUGCUGGUACCUGCGUCAUAUAGCUAAAAGAAGACCUAAUCGAAUUUAAAGCGAACAUGACAGAAUGUUAAAAAGAAAGCACUGAUUCGAUAAUAACGAUAAUAACUAUAAUUGAAGUAAAUAGAAUUCAUUAUUCCCAGUGGUUUCACUUCUUCUGUUAGGCUUUUCAUCUCUAUCAGAACUGUUUUCUAGUUCUACGAUAGCAAUAAAGACGAGCUUAGGAAUCCCUCUCAAUUUUAUUCUUUCGGGAAUGUUACACGCACCUCGAAAGAUGUACAUAUAUGCUUCCAUGGAGAACGAGUCGGACACUGCCGAUGGUAAAAGUUGAUACAGAUUUCAGAUCACAGGGUUGUUACUAAGUUACAAAAAUUUCUUUUAGGGGAUUAGAAGUCAUGUUUUGUAUUAUUAAAUGUAUUACAUACGCAUCUAUAAUCCUUUAUUUCACAUGAAAUUCACUCUCUUCAAGAACUUCGUGAAAUCAUCGAUGAAUACAACUCGUCAUUUCCCGAUUUAAAGGACUUACAAGGUUGCGCCUUAGCAAUUUUGCGGCUUCAAGACGUCUACCACAUCAGCGCCGAGAAAAUUGCAGACGGCAGAUUAUCUGACAAAGUUCUGAGCCCCAGGAUGAGAACAGCUCAUUGCUUGGAGCUAGGUCACAUCAAUCAUCAUUGGAAAAAUUACGAGCAGGCGUAUGGAUGGUUUAUGGAAGCCUGGAAACGAAUGAGCUCACUAGACAAAAGCAGCGGAAUUCAAAACAGGGACGUGCUUCAGUAUUUGAUUUGGGCGGAGUAUAAGGUAAGUACAGCCUAGUUCAGUUCCGAGCCUUCCCUCUAAUCUUGUUGCCUGAGAGGAGGCUCGGAUAAGGUAUCAGUCCAUCCUCAUUCUACUCGAGGUUGUUGUGAUACUGUUCAAUUUUCUUUCAAUGCCAGUUUUUGGAAAUAUAUAGAAUUAGUUUUCAUGCAUUAAAUAUUUAAGAGAAAAUUUCCGUUGUGUCGAAUGUAAUCUAGAAUUGCUUGGGCUUUGCCUUGUUCCGCUUUGUGAUCGGUUCAGAAAACUCGCGCCACUUCUCCACCAAUCAGAUGCAAAAUAAAAACAAAUCACGACUUGGUCGCCCGCGUUUUCCCGCGCUUUAAACAGUUUUGUUGAUUUUACUUUGAGUUCUCAUUGGCUCUUAGAGAUAUUUUCCUUUCUUCUGAUUGGCCAUUGUUAUUACCUUUGUUUUGGUUUAACUGCUCUGGAUUCUCACGUCCUUAAAAUGUUGUUAAUCUGUUAGUUAAUCUUCACAUCUGUUAACAUUGUGUAGUGUUGAAAAAUCAAAUUACAAAUAUCUGAGGGAUAAAUUCAGUGGAGAUGGAAACAUUUUUUUCCCUUUUUUAGACAGGUAGAAUCGAAGGCGCUCUUUAUCACACUAAUCUCUUGCUCGAGGAAGGUAUGAUAUCGUUAUUAUGUCUCUUUCCAUUUGAAGAAAGCAUGCGUGAGAGAGGAAUCUCCUGUGAAAUCAUAAAAAUUAAAACAAUUGUAAUUGUGGUGUAAGUUAAUCAGGAACUGGAAAAUCCCUACGACGAAAAUUCGACAAUUUGACGAUACUUCUCCUAAUUUAUACAUAUAUAGAAAUGACCAAAACUGAGAAUUGCACUUAGCAUAAUCUUAAGUGACGCACUUGAAGAAAAAGACGCGAGUAACGAGUUUGAGUGCGUCCAUGGCCAAGGAAAGGCGUGACGAUCGAUCGAGGGAUGGCAAAAAGCGAGAAAUCCAUGGUUCCAUUUCUUUCUCUAAUUUGUAAAGAAUUUGAACCACCUGCUCCCUAUGAUACGACUGUUGAGUUUAUGCCGACUAUGCAAUUUAUCGGGCCCCCUACAACUCUCUUUAAUCUGGUUCUUCGACUUCCUCUCCCAAUACUUAAAAAUAGACUUAUUUAAGGACUACGCGUCACCUUCAAUAUAUUAUAUAUCUACAAAUACAGAUCCAAAUGAUAAAGAAGCGAAAGAGGGCAAAGCAUUCUAUGAGAGUAGACUUGAAAUGAUGCAAGAAGGAAAUUACAUUGAAGAAGAGGAGGAAAAUGACGCGGAAAAUGGCGAGGAAAAUGACGAGGAAACUGGGUCUGAAGAACCUAAGAAAGCUCCGCCAAAAGAGGAAUUUAUGUAUCAUUACGAGCGCCUGUGCAGAGGAGAGUCCAAUAAGGUGUGUGUAAGAUGAUCGCGUUGACAUCUUUAGUAGUGGUUAGUUUCGUGGAGGCAUAUUGUGCCUUGACUUCUCUUUGAAAACUACCUGGUAAUAGGCAUUUGUUACUUACUCUCUGUGGACUUAAACGCUGAUGACGUAAUUCAAUAUGAUCCCGAAAGGGUAAAUUACGGCAGCCCACGAUUGUCGCGGCAAAAGAAAUAACCUCGCGGCUAAAAAAAUAACUUCACGGCAAAAGGAAGAAGCUCACGUGAAAAAGGAAAAGACUUAGGGCAAAAAAAACCUCGCGGCAGAAGAAAAAACCUCACGGCAAAAGAGAAAAGACUCACGGCAAAAAAAUAAGCCCCUAGCCACUUCCCUCUCCAAGCGUGUUUCUAAAUCAAUGUAACAUUUCUUCAUAUGAACGACUGGUUGUUACCCCGACUUGUUUUGCUUUUGAUUCGCAGAGCCAGGCUGAGAUUGACAAGUUAACAUGCUAUUAUUACAACAGACAUCCACUAUUGGUUCUUAACCCUGCCAAAAUAGAAAUGGCCAAUUUGAGACCAAACAUAUAUCUCCUUAAUGAUAUUAUCAGAGAUGAAGAUAUGGAAUUUAUCAAGGAACGUGCAGCUCCCAGGGUUUGUGACGCAUUUGUCAAUUUAACUUUAAACAACAAGGGAUGAACAAUAAAUUGGAGAGAGAAGAAGAGAAAACGAGUGAACAGAGAAGGGGCUCUUAUUUCAGUCCUUUGAAUAUGUCAGUACUUCUUAAGCUAUUGAUAGCCUCCUCAACGGUCAGUUUUUCAAGUUGUCUACAGUUUAGUAUUUGUUAAACAAACUAAUAGACACAAAGUCAAUCUAAGACCGCCAUAUUGUAUUCUGCUCCCCUCCACACAAUCAGAAGGUCCUGGUUCUAGUUACCAGUACCACAUACAGGAUAGUUAAUUUUCCCAGAAUUAAUAUGAUGUAAAUGCUAAACCUUAUUAUGAGUUCAAAUCAUAACAGUUGACACUGCAUUUUUUUGUCAGUAGAAUAAAAAUCAGAACUGACAUAUAUAUGAUUGAUUCACAAACUUGUUCCAUUACCACUUGUAAUCUUACUAGAGUCCAAUCUGUAACUCCUCAAGAUAUAAAUGAUUAUAGAAAAGAAACCCAGAGGGUCAAUAUCAAAAAUCUAUGGUCUUAAGAAAAUCAUUAAAUAUCUAAAAAUACAUAGAUAAAAAAUGUAUGACAUGGAAAUGACCCAGGACUAGACAAGUUUAAAUAUUGACCUUCAUAAAAAGAUAAUCAAAAUCUAAACAAAAGAGCAACUAAUGUUUUUUUUUUGUUGUUAAUCUGUUUGGUUUUUUGUAUCUUUUGAAUUAGCUUCAAAGAGCUACAGUUACCAACAGAUUCACUGGAAAUCUUGAAUUUGCUGAUUACAGGAUAAGUAAGAGGUAGGGAAAAGAUGAUCUAAAUAACAAGCACCAAAAUUAUUUUCCAUCUUGAUAAAUGAAAACACAUACAAAUAAAAAUAUACAUGUAUGAAAUAAGGUUUCUGUUACAGUGCCUGGUUGGAGGAUUAUGAAGGAGAAGCCAUCAGAAGAUUGAAUAAAAAAUUGAAAGCCAUUACUGGUCUGUCAACAGCUAGGGAGCAUAGUGAAGCAUUACAGGUAGGCAUUUUAUUUUUUUCUAUAUAAUUGAAUAAAUUAAUAACAUUUUUAAAACAGAUACAGUUGAUGAAUAUUAUUUUUGUCUAUCGUACCACCCCUCUCAAAUAAAUCUCCUAUCCCUACAAGAUAAUUUGGUUUGGUCAACUAAGCUAAUAAAAUUAAAUAAUAUGACCACUCUGGUCAAUUUUCAUAAUUAACUCAGUCAAUAAAACCGAAUUGUCCUGUGAUACCCCCAACAAUGCAACACUACGGUUGAAAACUUCCUUCCCCCCGAAUUGAGUCCGAAAGUUGCCAAGAAUCUUUCAGAUCAUGUUUCAUGUUUUGAUCCCUUUUAUCUAGGUCGUUAACUACGGUAUAGCUGGUCAAUACGAACCACACUUGGAUCACGCACUGGUAAGUGCUACAAACCCGCUAAACAGUAAGUGACUUGUUAAUACUGGAGUCAGUAUGAACACUGGGACAGGCCAAACCUUUUGGGUGCAGUUAGAAGGCAUGGUUCCUAGACAAUUCUCCCACCUCCUUGUCAGCGAGAGGUCUGGGGGGAGGUUAUCUUUCGAAGCGGACCCAAUAGCGCUAAUAUCAGGUCAAAGUCUAGGUAUUGGGUCAUAGAUUACUGAGGUAAUUUUUUUUCUUCUUUUACCUUUUUCCCUUUUUAACGACAGUCAAAGAAUUCAGCCAUCUUGAGGAUGGGCAAGCGUAAUAGAAUUGCCACUGUCUUAAUAUAUGUAAGUACAUGAGUUUUUUGUUUGUUGAGUAUUGUUAAUAAACAGAGGUUGAAUUGGCUCAGUCCUUAUCUAUUAUCUGUAACCGGUCUUUAAAGUUUCUACCAUCAUCUGAAUCACUCAGAUGCCAAAUAAACAAAUAGAACAUUAUUUAAAUUUGAGACACUGAACAAAUAGAGUCAGGAGUCCAUUGUUAAUGGCUCCUGAUUCUUCAUUAAUUCCUGAGCAUUGUUCGAUAGAUGAGUGACGUGGAGGCAGGAGGUUCCACCGUCUUUUUGGAUGCAGAAACAAUUAUUCCAGCUAAAAAGGUAAAUUACACAGUCCAAACAAGUUGGUGUCAGUGACGCCUUCACUCUCGCUCGCUCUUAUCAUAAUUUUGUGUUUUCUGAGCUCUCUAAAAACAAGGCCCAAAUUUCCGGCCUUACAGUUUUUACAUAUAGAACUGGGUCUACCUUUUAGACUUCAGUAUACAGCACUUCGUGUGUUCUUAUUGCAAAAAGAGCAAAUAUUAAUCACGAUUUUAUAACUUUCUUGGGUUUUGUUUUACUGAUUUUGCUUUUUUUUUUUAUCAGGGUGCUGCAGCGUUUUGGUUCAACCUUCUCAAAUCGGGUGAAUCAGAUGCAAGAACACGGCAUGCGGGUUGUCCAGUCAUCGUAGGAUCCAAAUGGGGUAAGGAGUUUAAUCUGUUUUGUCAUGAAAAUUUUAACGCAAAUAAAUCAGAUGUAAAACUAAUAAAUGAGAAACAGUGCUCAUUUAUUUCUCUUUCAUCCUUUAGUUUCCAACAAGUGGAUUCAUGAGGACGGACAAGAAUUUCGUCGACCCUGUGGCUUAUCUCAGGAUGAAUAG